UUGACAGUGCAGGCUUGCACUUCCUAGCGGAGGGAUGGUUGCUUUUCGGGCGGGCACCGUAGCCCCGCAGCGUGCGCUGCUCUGGUAGCUGCUUGCAAGCGGGCGCGAUUCGGGUUCGUGGGUGCACAGGUGCGACCCACGCCUCCCUCAGCGCCUCCAGCGCCUCAGCCCCUGCCGGGCGGGACCCGGGACGGUCCGGAAUCACUCACAAUGGAGGCAAGCAAGCAGAUGCGAGUGUCUCGGCCAUACAAAAUCAGCGAAUCUUCAAAGGUGUACCACUGGGCUGACCACUCCACCACAGUGCUGCAGCGGCUGAAUGAGCAGCGGCUGCAUGGCGUCUUCUGUGACGUGGUCCUCGUGGUGGAAGAGCAGCAAGUGCCCGCCCACCGCAACCUUCUGGCUGUCUGUAGCGACUACUUCAACUCCAUGUUCACGCUGGGCAUGCGUGAGGCUUUCCAGAAGGAGGUGGAACUGGUCGGCGCCUCCUACGUGGGGCUCAAGGCCGUGGUGGACUUCCUCUACAGCAGUGAGCUGGAGCUGGACGGCAACAACAUUGACUACAUCCUGGAAACAGCGCACCUGCUGCAGAUAUGGACGGUGGUGGACUUCUGCUGUGAGUACCUGGAGCAGGAGGUGAGUGAGGACAAUUACCUCUACCUCCAGGAGCUGGCCUCCAUCUACAGCCUCAAGCGGCUGGAUGCCUUCAUCGACAGCUUUGUCCUGAGCCACUUCAGCACCCUGUCCUUCACGCCUGACUUCCUGCAGAACGUCUCUGUGCAGAAGCUGUGUGUCUACCUGAGCAGUGGCCAGGUACAGCACACCUGGGAGUAUGACCUGCUGCAGGCAGCUCUGCAGUGGCUCACCCAGCAGCCAGAGCGAGAGGUGCACACCUGCCUGGUGCUCGAAAACAUCCGCUUCCCCCUCUUCUCUGAGGACAUCCUGCUCCAGCGUGUGAAGCUGGCCAUGGGCUCGCUGUUGCCCAGUGUGGCUGAUGGCAAGGGCUUCAUGGAGGAGGCCCUGAACUACCACAGCAACCUAGUGGCGCAGCCUGUCCUGCAGACAAAGCGAACAGAGCUGCGUUCUGAGGAGUGCUUGCUCUUUGUGGGUGGCGAGGUCUCCGAGCGGUGUCUGGAGCUGAGCGAUGACACCUGCUUCCUAGACACCAAGAAUGAACAGUGGGUGAAGGAGACAUCCCUGCCUGCCCGCCGGAGCCACCACUGCGUUGCCGUGCUGGGGGGCUUCAUCUUCAUUGCUGGUGGCAGCUUCUCGAGAGACAACGGAGGGGAUGCAGCCUCCAACCUUCUUUAUAGGUAUGACCCCCGCCAUAAACAGUGGAUCAAGGUGGCCUCCAUGAACCAGCGCCGUGUGGACUUCUACCUGGCCUCCAUUGAAGACAUGCUGGUGGCUGUUGGUGGCCGGAACGAGAACGGAGCGCUGUCUUCUGUAGAGACCUACAGCCCCAAGACCAACUCCUGGACUUACGUGGCUGGCUUACCAAGGUUCACCUAUGGCCACGCAGGCACCAUCUACAAAGACUUUGUGUACAUCUCAGGGGGACACGACUACCAGAUUGGCCCAUACCGCAAGAACCUGCUGUGCUAUGACCACCGGACGGACGUGUGGGAGGAGAGGCGGCCCAUGACGACGGCCCGAGGCUGGCACAGCAUGUGCAGCCUGGGUGACAGCAUCUAUUCCAUUGGGGGCAGUGACGACCACGUGGAGUCCAUGGAGCGCUUCGAUGUGCUGGGUGUGGAGGCCUACAGUCCUCAAUGCAACCAGUGGACCCGUGUGGCGCCACUGCUGCAGGCCAACAGCGAAUCGGGCGUGGCCGUGUGGCAGGGCCGUAUCUACAUCCUGGGCGGCUACAGCUGGGAGAACACGGCCUUCUCCAGGGCUGUGCAGGUGUAUGACCGUGAAGCCAACAGGUGGAGCAGGGGUCCGGACCUCCCCAACGCCAUUGCAGGCGUGUCGGCCUGUGUGUGUGCCCUCAACCCAAGACUGGAGGAAAAGAAGAAGAGGAGCAAGGACAAGUGCCAGGACCGAGGUCAGUGACACCGAGGCUCUGGCAGAGCGGCCACAUCCACAGCUGUCACACCGUAGGAGCUAUUUUCUACUUUUUUCAUUCCUGGUAUUUCUAUGCUAUCACAGUAAAUAAUAAUUAAAUAUUCUUCACA